UGUGUUUGUGUUCCGUCAGACGCAUCUGCGAAUAUCAACAAUAAUUGUUAGCACUCGCCUUCUCCGGUGUAAAUCGAAUAUUUUUUAGUGAAAAGGGCCUUCGGGGGUGGAGAUCGACUGGAGAAUGCAUCCGGGAACCAAAGUCGAUACGAUGGAUGCAGCCAGUGAAACGAUGGAGGAGGAACAGGAGAAACCUCAGGUCAAUCCGUCAAUCGUAGUGAGAGUACCAGUGAAACACACAAAUCUGGGGAUCAGAAGUCCUGCCAUGGACAUGAGCACAAUGGUCGAGCUGACGUCCUUCAGCACCCUCGGCAAGAUCCAGCCUUUCCUGGUGACAAUAUCAACGACAGCAGCUCUGAUUGUUGAUCUCCACUGCCACCUCACAGACAAGGAGGUGUGCGGGUACUUGGGUGGGCACUGGGACAUAAACUCCCACAAUCUAUCCAUAACAAAUGCCUUUCCCUGUCGAUACGCCGGUAAGGAUAAGACUGCUGCCAGCAUGGUAGAGGCGGAGAUUGCGAAAGCCAUGGAGUGGCACAGAGUCACUCUGGUUGGAUGGUAUCACUCUCAUCCAAGGUCUCAUGCAGCUCCGUCUCUGAGGGACGUCGAUUACCAGCUUGAUUAUCAGAUCAAGAUGAAGGGACCCAGUGACAAUGGCUACACACCCUGUGUUGGGCUAAUUUGCUCGCCCUACAACGCGGACGGCAACUGCUACGAGUCCAACUUCAACGUGUUCUGGUCGAUGCCCCCCCCGGAGAACCGCCCCCACGAGUACCCCCGCCCAAUGCUCCUCUCCUACACAAUAACCCAAGAGCCCUUCCUCCCGCAGGACGCCCUCGACGAGAUAAAGAAGUGCAUCGAGUACUACAAGUCCGAGGGUGGCAUAGACUUCAAAUUAAAAUUCACCGCCUCGACGACGUACCUCGACCGCCUGCGUACGUCCCUCGCCUCGAAGCUGCCAGGUCGUAACCGAGGUACCGGCAGUGGCUACUGGGAGGUCAUCAAAGAGAUGAUCUCCCCAGGCUCGAAGGACGACUCCCCCGAGGCCUUCGUCUCAGUCCCCUACCCCCCUCUCCCCCUGUCCGAGCCCCUCGCCCAGACCCCGGGCACCCUGGCCUCCACCAACGUAUUCCUAGCCCCCGUGAACUUCAAGCCCGACACCACAAUCACGAGUUCUGUCACCAAACAAUUUGCCCUCCACCCACCGACCUCCAGUCGCGAGAAGGAGAAAGACGACCUGAAGGAGAGAUCCUUCAAGCCAGACAGGGACAUUCACCCCACCUUCAGAUCCGGCGAGCUCACAGUGUCCGUGAAAAAUUCAAAGAUUGAUUUUGACCCACCACCUGUUGAUUUCACUAAACUGGCGCCCCUGUCACUGGAGACCCUCAACAAAAUACGAGGCAAUCUCCCACCGGACUUUCCCAUUCCUGACAUCUCCCAGCAGAUUAUCCCGGAUCUGAGUAAACUGGCGAGUUUCACACCAGCUGACCUCGCCAAAUUAUCUGGAUUCUCAUUGAGCGAGUUGACAAAGAGCCCGGCAUCAUCGGUGUACGCGAGGAAUAUAGCAAACCUGUUUGGACCGCUUGCCAAGGGUGUGCCUCUGACACCUAGCCAGCUCAAGGAUCUCGCUGGCGAGAGGAAGGGGGAGUUUGGGGGGGAGGGACUGAUGGGGGGGUAUGGGGAGGAAUUGAUGGGCGAUAGGAAGAAGGGGGUGGAGGAGGUGGGCAAGGGGAGGCCCACGGAUUUCACCACUGCUGAGGAACUAUCGAUAUCCAGUGUGAGGCCCGAUUUUGGGGCCAUGCUGGACAUGGGGGUGCUCGGGAAGAAGGAGCCUGGGGAGUCUCUCAAUCUGUCGAUGGAUCGACAGUGAUGGGGCGGUCGGGGGCUGUGGGAGGACAGGGGUUCGGUAUAAUAAAGAUCUUUCUCGAAGUUUUUCUGUUCACUUCAAUGUAAAUUGAAAUCACGGUUCAGGGGAUACACGCACGAAAAAGUUUAAUAGGAAGUUAGAAAACCUUAGUCCUAUCGAAACCCAUCGAAACCUAUCGAAUUCGUUAGAAAAUUCUGUUGAAUUUCUAUUAAACUUUUUAUGAGUUUUUGGCU